AUGGAUGAGAGAGGCAAUGCGACAUGUCGGGAUAUAGAGGUUAUGCAGUGGAGCGAAGGCGGGUGGAAGCCUACAAUCAAAGUUGGCCUUCAUGAUCUACGCACGGAAAGCCCAGAUAAGGCGCCCCAGAUAAUCUCGCACGAUACACAAGUGUUUAUUAUAAUUGCGCGCACACCUAUACACCUUGACAAGAAAGGGGACAACCACCUAUAUCGUAGAGAGUUUGCGAGUUCUUUUUUUAUGCCUGAGGUCUGGCAUUCGGAUCAUCUGAACAAUGCAAACGGAUAUUUUGGAUGCGAGGCCACUCGUGAUGCUCGUGAUGCUAGCAAAGUCACCGGUUUCAAUACCUGGUCAUUCUUCGAGGUGAAGCACUUGCCCAAAGACUUGCAAAAAUAUACCUGGUCCAAGCUCAGUGUUUCCACACGGUGGCUACGAUCAACAAAUCAGAUGGGUAUCCUCUUACUAGACCCAAGCGAGGAUAUUUCGACUCCACUGUUGAACCCAGACAUGCGAAAGCUUAAUGAUCCAUUUUGGGUUUAUUCAGAUAUACUACAAGAGGUUGCUCGUCUCCAAGAAAUCGCCGUUUGGAAAAUUCGCAAUCAUGUUCGAAAUAUUGAGAAACAGGCUGAGGAGGAGGAAAAGAAGAAACAAGAGGAGAAAGCGAAAGAGAAAGAGAAAGGGAACGAGAGCAUGUCUUUAGGAGAAAGACCCGAGCCUGAAUAUCGGCGACUACACAACAUCGCACGCCAUGCAAUCCAUGUUACCGAGUCACUAGAUGUGGCUGUACAAAAUGUGAACCAUAUAAUCCGGCAACACGAAAUGUACAUACACGCACGGAGAAACCUAUACGCACCGCUUACUUCCCAGGAUACGCCCUUCGAGGAUAUUUCCAGUCGUUUAUCGUUUUUUCAAAGUCAUAUCGAAAGUAUCCGACACCGGUCGAUAUCGAACCAGAAGAGACUGGAGAACGAGAUCCAACUCAAGUUCAACGAAGUCGCGCAAUACGAUGCUGGCGUUACAGUUCAAAUUAGCCAUGCUGCACGUUUGGACAGUGCUACUAUGAAGACACUCUCAUUUGUGACUCUGACUUUCCUUCCACCGACCUUCAUUUCCGCCAUUUUCAGCAUGUCAUUCUUCAAUUACGACAGGGAUUUGGGUUGGGCUGUCUCUGAUAAGUUUUGGAUAUACUGGGUGUUCGCUAUUCCAACGACUAUUGUGACGGGGCUUAUAUGGCAAUAUUGGAGUAGAAUCUUCCCGAGGCCCUCUUCGUCACAUUUCGAGAAGGAGAAGCUCAAGCAGAUACCCGAGCAGGUAUUUGGGAAGCAAUUCAAAAAGGCUAUAGACUAUGUCUGA